CCCCCGCUUCCGCUCCACGGCUGCCUUCGCCCCGGAAGUGGAAGUAGCGACUGAGGUCAGAGGGCGGAAUCGCUCCCUGGAGACGGCGGGAGCUCUUUAGCUAUGGCGGCCGGGCCGAUCUCCGAACGAAACCAGGAUGCCACAGUGUACGUGGGGGGCCUGGACGAGAAAGUUAGCGAACCGCUGCUAUGGGAGCUGUUUCUCCAGGCAGGGCCGGUUGUCAACACCCACAUGCCAAAGGAUAGAGUUACUGGUCAGCACCAAGGCUAUGGCUUUGUGGAAUUCUUGAGCGAGGAGGAUGCUGACUAUGCCAUUAAGAUCAUGAACAUGAUCAAGCUCUAUGGGAAGCCAAUAAGAGUGAACAAGGCAUCAGCUCACAACAAAAACCUGGAUGUGGGGGCCAACAUUUUUAUCGGAAACCUGGACCCAGAGAUUGAUGAGAAGCUACUUUAUGAUACUUUCAGUGCUUUUGGGGUCAUUUUACAAACCCCCAAGAUUAUGCGAGACCCUGACACAGGCAACUCCAAAGGUUAUGCCUUUAUUAAUUUUGCUUCGUUUGAUGCAUCGGAUGCAGCGAUUGAGGCCAUGAAUGGGCAGUACCUCUGUAACCGGCCUAUCACUGUUUCUUAUGCCUUCAAGAAGGACUCCAAGGGUGAACGCCAUGGCUCAGCAGCUGAGCGACUUCUGGCAGCCCAGAACCCACUCUCCCAGGCUGAUCGCCCCCACCAGCUGUUUGCAGAUGCACCCCCUCCACCUUCUGCCCCCAAUCCUGUGGUGUCAUCAUUGGGGUCUGGGCUUCCUCCACCAGGCAUGCCUCCUCCUGGCUCCUUCCCACCCCCAGUGCCACCUCCUGGAGCCCUUCCACCUGGGAUACCCCCAGCCAUGCCUCCACCACCUAUGCCUCCUGGAGCUGGAGGACAUGGCCCCCCAUCAGCUGGAACCCCAGGAGCUGGACACCCUGCACAUGGACAUUCACAUCCACACCCUUUCCCACCGGGUGGAAUGCCCCAUCCUGGGAUGACUCAGAUGCAGCUGGCCCACCAUGGCCCUCAUGGUUUAGGACACCCCCAUGCUGGACCCCCAGGCUCUGGAGGACAACCACCACCCCGACCACCACCUGGAAUGCCUCAUCCUGGACCCCCGCCAAUGGGUAUGCCCCCCCGAGGGCCUCCAUUUGGAUCUCCUAUGGGUCACCCAGGUCCAAUGCCCCCCCAUGGUAUGCGUGGACCUCCUCCGCUGAUGCCCCCUCAUGGAUAUACUGGCCCUCCAAGACCCCCACCCUAUGGCUACCAGCGGGGGCCACUCCCUCCACCCAGACCCACUCCCCGGCCCCCAGUCCCUCCUCGUGGCCCACUUCGAGGCCCUCUCCCUCAGUAAUUUUGUAUCCUUUUUCCUUCUGUUUUAUGCUUUCCAUGUUUUUUUUAAUUCCUUGGACCAAUUGGAGUUACUAUAGCUCCCUGGGGCUAAGGCACAUUAACCCCUCUGGGUGGAUAUUUUUUCUUUUAAGUGUAACUUUUUCAGAAUUUUUUUUUACCUCUGUGUUGGUCCUUAGAGUUUUCAAAUGCAUAGAGACAAUAAAACUAAAUUCGUUCUUAA